ACAGAUCAGAAGAUAAAAUAAGUUGAUUAUCUAGUAAUUGUGUCUGCUGGCAUCGGGAUUUGUUUUCAAUUAGACCUCGACAAGGGAGGAGGAAGUCGUCGCUAUGGUCUUCUAUUUCACCAGCACUGCUGCAGACCCACCGGUCACCCUGUUCAUGGGAUUAGAUAAAUAUGAAAAUGAAGACCUGAUUAAGUGGGGUUGGCCUGAAGAUGUGUGGUUUCAUGUCGAUAAAGUCUCCUCAGCCCAUGUGUAUCUCAGACUAAACCCAGGUCAGACGAUUGAUGAUAUACCUAUGUCUGUAAUUGAAGAUGCUGCUCAGCUAUGUAAGGCGAAUAGCAUCCAGGGAAAUAAAAUGAAUAAUGUUGAUGUUGUUUACACCCUGUGGUCAAAUUUAAGAAAAACGGCCGGAAUGGAUGUUGGACAAGUUGGAUUUCAUAGCGAUAAGGAGGUACGUAAAAUUCGUUUAGAAAAGAGAAUAAAUGAAAUAGUGAAUCGGUUAAAUAAGACCAAAACAGAAGCCCAUCCAGACUUCAGAUUGGAAAGAGAAGAUCGUGAUAAAAAAGAAAGAAACUUGAACAAAAAGGAAGCUAAAGAAAGGCAACAGAAAGAAAAAGAAGAACUAGAAAAGAGAAAAAAGGAAGCAGAACUUAAGUAAGUAAAAUUCAUUAAGUCCC